AAGCGCUCUCGGUUUCAGAAUAGUCAGUCUCUCCUGGUGCGAAUCGAACAGGAAGAGUACCGAAGGUUUAUGUUUGCAAAACAUAUUCGGGGAAAAAAAUCAGAAAGGGGGAAUUAUGAACAUUUUAAAGUAGAGACUACAUUGUUUUUCCGUAGAUCUACCACAACUUUCGAGAAGUACAUCUAAAUUGGCGUCUGUUUGUCACUUCGUUUCACAACUUAAGGAACUUGAUUGACGCACAUUGGCUUCACCCAAAACAGCAUGGAUUGCGAAGACGCCCAUGAUGGGUGGGGGCCGGCAGGAGCUCAUAUGGUUAAGAACAUAAUAGGAGCAGAGGAUGAGGACUUUGAAAAUGACCUGGACCCGACGAUUGAUGAUCAGUGUAUUCACUUUACCAGCAUGGAGCUGUUGAAGGCCAGACCCACCCAUCUGCUGGUGUUCCUACAUCACGUCAUACUGCAGUUUGACUGUGCUCCUGUGUUGUGCUACCUGCAUGCUGAAAUCAUCAGGAACCUCACUGCCAAAGAGACCAAGAAGCAGUUUUUGGAGUUCUACAACAACUUCUUGGACAAAGGAGCAAUCCUCCGAGUCUCUGUACCAGCCAAUGUAUCAUACGAGUUAGAUCGCACUCGCCUGGACCUGAUCCCUGAGGACCUCCAGAAGCGCUAUGCUCAGGACAUCCAGAAUAUGCAGGCUCCAGAGGUCCACCGGCAACUCAUAGACUUCAGGCAGAAGAGGAUGAUGGGAAUGACCCCUAACGAGCAUGAGCUGACCGAGGUGGAGAAUCACUACCCCACCGACCGCGUCCCCAGGGAGAUGAAGGAGAAGGCUGUGGCUGAGAUGCUUCUGGAGAAGCUGUCUGAAACCAACCCCUCCAUCGUUGCGGAUGACGAUAAAUGUUCUGCCAUCUUCAGUGCAGUAGCUUUCUACAUGAAACAGCUGGGGGUGAAGAGCAGGGCUCCAGACAGCAAGAAGUCCAGAGGGUUCUUCAGGAGAAGGCCUCCCAAGAAAGAGGAGCCCAAACACACUAAAGUGCGCAAUAUUUUAUCAGAGGCGACGGUCUGGUUGACGGGCAGUGGCAAUGAGCUCAAACCGAAUAAGAUGGAGAGUGAAGGUGACAGGGAUAAGAGCAACCACGAGCGCAAAGGCUCAGGCAUUGCCGCUGCCGGCCGCGGCCCAGGCACGGAGGGCAUGUCCCUGCCCUCCCAGAGCCGGAAGGUGGUGCCGCCUGGCCCCAGCCCCACCCAGGUUCCGGAGACGAGUGAGGCAGCCCAUGGCAGCAUAGCCACAUCCACCCCAGACACCCCCCACACCGACACAGGGUUGCCCAGCAGUCGAUCAGACACCCAGACUGUGUCAGACGGGGGUGAUGUAUCACCAGCGUGCCCCACUUUGGGUGUCACUGUCUGGGAGAACUCUUCUCCCAGUGACACCCCUCUGGAGGAAAGCCAUGACAAAGACAGACGCAAGAUAAGGAGUGUGCGACGCAGUGAGAGUCUGUGUGUGGAGCGCCGUCACUCUCACCGUGGUGGUUCUGCCCGUGCCAAACAGUUUCGUUCCCGUAGUGACGUGGACCUACAACCAGCUGCCACCUCCCAUCCCCCUUCGCCCUCCCCCCAUCACUCCGUCUUUGUGGAUACAUCUCUGCCUCCAACCGACAGUCCCACAGGCCCCGACUACGGCCCCUUACCUCAGCAGGAGGAGGUGGAGCCCCGCCUCUUGGAACUUGAGCAGGACCCGCCCAACUGGAGAGAGCUGGCGCCCAGCGAAGUUCUAAAUAAACUCAGCAAGAAGGAGACUAAGAGACAGGAAGUCAUCAAUGAGCUAUUUGCCACAGAGCACGCCCACGUGCGCAUGCUGAGCGUGCUCCAGACCGUCUUCUCCCGUCCACUGGAGCGGGAGGAGAUCAUGAACACAAACGAAGUGUCCGCCAUCUUCCCCAACCUGGACGAUAUCAUAGAGAUGCACUAUGCUUUCUAUGAGAACCUGAAGAAGCUCCGUCAGGAUGAUGGCUACGUGGUCAAAAUGAUCAGCACUCCCCUGCUCAACAUAUUUAAUGGAUCUGAGGGUGAAUGGUUCCAGAAGCUCACAGCUCGAUUCUGCAGUCACCAGUCCUGGGCCUUGGACCAGAUCAAGAGCAGGCAGAGGAAAGACCCACGCUUCAACAUGUUUAUAUUGGAGGCAGAGAGUAAGCCCCAGUGCAGGAGACUGCAGUUGAAGGAUAUCAUUCCAAUCGAAAUGCAAAGACUCACAAAGUACCCACUGCUUCUGGAGAACAUUGCCAAGAGCACAGAGGACAAUGCAGAGCGAGAGAACAUCCAGCAGGCAGCUGAAUGCUGCCGUAAAAUCCUCAACCAUGUCAAUGAAGAGGUGAAGCACAUGGAGAAUUUACUGACUUUAAAAGACUACCAGCGCAGGCUUGACACAUCAGGACUGAAACCCAGCAAUGACCUUUACAUGGAGUACAAGAGUUUUGACAUGACUUCCAGGAAAAUGAAUUAUGAGGGGCCACUGACCUGGAGAGUAACUAAGGAGAAAGCUAUAGAGGUGCAAGGUGUGCUGCUGGGAGAUUUGCUGGUUCUGCUGCAGAAGCAGGAUGACAAGAUGCUGUUAAAGUGUCAGAGUAAGAGCUUCAUCACUACGCAGGAGAGCAAACAGAUGCUCAGUCCCAUCAUCAAACUGGACUCCGCCUUCCUCCGAGAUGUGGCCACAGAUCGCAAGGCCUUCUAUGUAAUCUUCACCUGGGAUAGUGGUGCGCAGAUCUAUGAGCUCGUGUCCCAGACUGUGGCAGACAAGAAAAUUUGGACAGACAUGAUAAAGUCAGCAGUGGAUGAGCUGAAGAAGAAUGGAGGCUCUACCCUGGAUAGGAAGAGGCAUGGCAGCGUACCAGCAAGCAGCAUGAUGUCAUAUAGUGCCUCACUGAACCCCCCUCUCAGUCCUACUGAAAAUGGAACAGACCCUCUAAAAAACACUUCUCGAGACAAAGACAGCCUUACAGAUGAAAAGGGGAGGCACUCUCUGCCUGUGCUGAUUGACUACCUUGCAGCCAAUAGAUUUGAUCCCCUUGGCCACAGCAAUGCCCCACCAGAGAAACUUGCCAAUGAGGCUUUGGAUGAAGUGGUGGCCAUGAAGAGGCUCCUGGUAUGGGGAAUUAGUCCGUCUGACAAUGCCCAGGCUGACGGCGAGGAUGGAGCAACUUUGGUGACACAGGAGACUGAUGGUCAAUCACUAGUGGAAGUGCAGAGCACACAUGAGCGGCUGGAUGGUGAGGAGGUGAGAGGAGAGGAAGAACAAGGGAUUGCAGCUCCUCUAGCGCUUUCCUUUGAGCGCAUGGACGAGCUUCGUAACAGACUGUACAGUCUGGAGGACAAACUAAAAAGACUACAGAACAUAGAGGAGGACUAUCAUCGACUGCAGGAAGUACUCGCCAAGUUCAUCAUUCAAAGUGGCAAAUACAACUGAACAAUAUCCCCACCUGCUGAUCACCAGGUCACUGCAGGAGUGAGGUGUGGGAGUUUGUUUUGGCGAAUUCCUUUAUGUUGCCUGGGCUUCCCUGAUUUUUCUGCUGUCUAUGCUACACCCCAAACCCCCACUCCCCACCCCCAACCCUUGCCUUAAUACUGACUGUAAGCCUCAAACAUGCCUGUGGUAAAAGGCUGGCUUAAAGUAUAGAAUUCUGCAUGUGUGUUAGUUUAGUGGGGUGAAUGAAGUGGUCAAAAUGUGAUUUUAAAAAGGCCGCAGAUAUGAGAGUUAUGCUAAUAUGAUGCUCAUUCACGCAGUCAUAGACAUGUGUCUGCCCCAGUGUAUGAACAUGACACCUUUAAGAUUGUCUGAAGUGGUGUAGUGGCAAAAGGAUUAUCUGUUCACACAGAGAAGAACAUGUUGUGUGCAUUUCACGCCGAUUUCAUACCUCACUGAAUGCAGCCUAGACAGAAAGAACGUGAGUGUGAUGCAUCUGCCAUGUGGAUUGAACAGCGAGCUCGUCUCACUUUGAAGGCCAAGUGCUAGAAGAGCAAGAGGAAGGAGAAGUGGAAGAAGAAGAGGACAUAUUUGAGAAGAGCUGUAGGGAAGAACAUGGAUGGGAGAGAUGGGUUCUGUAAGUGAAAGCAGAGUCAACGUGGCUGGAUUCCUUUGAUGUAGACCCCAUAUUGUACAUGAGUACCAUCAUGAUUCAUCUCUUAAACAAUAUGGAAAGUGUAUGUGGUGUUUUCAAGAUGGUGUUUAGUUGCCAUCAGGGCAGUUAUGUGUGCACCGUGGGUAGUGAUCAGGUGAUCAUUGAAGUUCUGUCUUUUCUCCAGCAGGUGUGUACGUGAUUGAGUUUGAGACAGUAUUAGUAGAGCUGUGGCUUCCUGGCCGCCUUGAGAAUAUUCUGGGUAGACAAUGAUAACAGAGGGCUUAUUUCUUAUGUCUUUUACUGGUUAUACAUAUUCUAUCAGAUUAAAGGAUAUAUAGUCUUUCAUUUGUAGUAAUAUUUGUUUAGCUCAUAUGUUCCUUAAUUUCAGGAAUGUGUUGUAGUUAUUUUGUUUUUUAAGUUGUCUCAUUUUACAGAGCAAUUCUGCAAAAUCAGCAUUUAUAUCUAUAAGCAAAACCAAAGAGCUAAGUGUAUAUCAGCAGAUCAGAUAAUCCUGUAUGAAAAUAUUCAGCAUGCUGUUGUUUUUUAUAUGCAGAUCACUGGCUGUAAUAGAGAAUAUGUACAUGUACAUGCUGAGACCAACAGGACCUUAAAUCCCUCUUCCACCUGCUCUCAAACCCUGAUCGCUACUGUCUUUACAUUAGCCAGUGAAAAAUGAAUAAAUAAUAUGAUUGUACGAGCACGAUCAAGUAUCAAGUAUCCUAGAGCCAUCUUGAACUAAAUAAUGUGGCUUGUUUAAGUUCUUCCCUCUGUGUAUUCUUCCUGUAAAUGGGCCAUCAUGCCUUCUCUGCUAUCUUCCAGGUUGUAGUCGUUUACAGGAACACAGAGGAAUCGGAUUUGUUUCUGUAUGUAACGCAAACAUCAGAAUUUGAGAGCAGGAAUUUUCACUAGUACUGUUAUUAUCUUUAUGACCACCUAUGAGCGGGUGAUUGCGUUGCCAGGCCUAUAGCUCUUUCAUGCAUCAAGCAUUCGUUUAAAUGAUUAUUCCAGUACCAAAUAUGUUUAAAUUUAUAACAGCAGGUGACAUUAUGCUCUGAGUAGUAAUCAUGUUGCUUGUUUAGUCCAAACAGUAGGUGUUAUUGCUGGUUUAGAGUGGUUCCACCUUCAUCCACUCAUGCGCCACUAUCAAGUAUUUUACCCUUUGUGGGGGGGAAAAUGGCAGUGGGGGCAGUGAUCCUUUCCAAUUUGUUUUGUUUUCAUAUUUGUUUCCUUAUGUACUAUGCAUUGCUAAUGAUGGAAGAGAGAGAAAGAACUUGUACAGGCUGGUAACAUGAAAAGAGGGCGACAGCCCUAUCUCUGGCUUUGCACUUUUUAAGUGCAGUAUUUCUCUCUAGGAAUGGCAUGUUUCAGAGAUAAAUGGGUUUUAGUGCAGCUUUUUCUCUCACUUCACCAUGUGCUUUAUGAUGUUUAGCACAACGAGACAUGCACAUAUUGGUAUUUUUGUAUGUAUAAAUCUGUUUAUAAUGCAGGGCGGCUUAUGGAAAUGUUUGUCAAAUCAAUCUACUGCCACUUCUCCUUUAUCGCGAGCCGUUUCAGUUCUUCAUCUUACAGGGCGUGGUGGUAUUUUUGCGCUGCCUUUCUUAUUGGCGUUGAUGUUCAGCCCACACUCCCCUACCACACUUUCAUUCCUUUCUCAAACUUGGACGUAAAUGAACUUAUAUUCUUCUGUAAUGUACCUACAAAGCAUUUGUGAACAAGUAGCUUGGGGCCCGUAGAAACUUAACUUACCAUGACCACCAUUAGUGCUGGUGUUGUUUUUGGUGCCCCAGCUGUGCCGUUUCCGGGGUUACGGUCACGCCAGUAACACAGGGAACACCUCUGCUGUUAGUCUUUUAGAAAUGAUUAUGCAGGAACUAUUCUGUGUAUUUUUUGGCUUCAAUUUUAUGUAAGAUAUUUUAAAGGAAGUGUGGUACUGUUUUUAUUAUGACUUAUUUCUCCUUUCCUUUUUAAAUAAAUGAUUUUAAAAUAAA